UAGAUAACCGGUGGAAUGAUUAAGUCACUGCUGCUACGUUUUGAGAAACAUAUGCAAGGUAGUGUUCAUAUAGAAUCUUAGAACAGUUAUAAAAUGACAAAAAAAAGCAAAAAGAAACAUAUCUAAAGGAGCGAAAGCAAGGGUUUAUUAUUUACCAAUUCCUGAUGAAGUGUUUAUCAUUUACACAUCUAAUUUCUCGUACAGUUUAGUAUGCACAUAAGCCAUGCAUGAUCGCAUCACAGGUUACCCAUCCGUUCGGAUAGAAUGCAAGGAAUCGUCACUCAUACCUCAGAAUUAGCAUAUAUGGACUGUUCGGGAUCAUCACAACGAUUGCUUUACAACCGCCUUUCAUAAAGCCCUGCCAUCCAAGGCACAAAAGCUAAAACUUAACCUAGAACUUGAUCGAUCGAGCCAAAAGGACAUUCCUCAGCCCCACCACUUCUUCUGGCCCCCCGAUUCCACACUCUUCGUUGUAAAGUAGCCGAAUGGCAUCACCUGCUUGCUUUCAUCUGAAACAUAUCCACAGUUCUUUGAGCCCAUCUGAUUCCUUGCCCCCAUCCUUUCUUUUCUUUUCCUAGCUUUCCACCUCCCUCAUUCUUCUCUUCUCUUCUCCCACCUAUAGGACCUUUCAUCCAUCCAUUCAUCCACCACCACCACCACCACCACCACCACCUUCCCUUCCUCCUCUCUUCUUCUCUACGUCAGGUCACUCAUCACCAGUACACAAAUAGGAAGCCAAGAACACCACUCCAGACCAAUGCCAAGAGAAAGCCAAGAACAGCACUCCCAAAGCCGCGGAACCCACCCAAGGCAUCCCAAGCUCGGGCGGGGGCAGCCCACCCACCCGGCCUGGUGGUUCGCCGGGGCCUGCUGCGCCCUCAUGUGGACCAUCAUCAUCCUCGGCGGCCUCCUCGUCCUCAUAUUUUACCUCGUCUUCCGCCCCAAGAGCCCCCGCCUGGACAUCCAGAGCGCCACCCUCAACGCCGCCUACCUCGACACCGGCGGCCUCCUCAACGCCGACGUCACGAUCCUCGCCAACUUCUCGAAUCCGAACCGCAAGGUGAACGUGGCCUUCAGCUACGUGCAGGUGGACCUCUUCUUCCUGGGGACGAUGGUCGCGUCGCAGGCGGUGGAACCGUUCGCCGAGCGGCAUAGGCAGUCGGCGCUGAAGAACUUGCACAUGGUGGCGAGCGAGGUGGCGCUGCCGCGGGAGGCCGCGGAGGAGUGGCGGCGGGGGACGUCGGAGGAGGGGGUGGCGCUGGAGUUAGCGGGGAGGUUCAGGACGCGGUCGGACUUUGGCAAGUGGAUCCACUUCACAUACUGGCUCUAUGGGCGGUGCACCAUCGUGAUCGGCGCGCCCCCCAGCGGAGUUCUGAUAUCCAGCCGGUGUAGGACGAAACGCUGAAAACAAUCGAUCGGGUGGCUUCAUAAAUUUCUACUUUAUUAGUUAAUCUUUUUAAUCUUUGCUUUGCUCGCCCGUGAGCACAGCUAGAUGGAAGUGGUUCUCUAUAUCCAAUGGAAAUGGAUGAUUCGAGUGAAUGACUGAUUAGAAUUUUUGGACUUGCUAAAUUUGGUAAGACACGCAUGAAUCAAGAUGCAACGGGCGAUAGGUUGUUGCUGUCCGACUCUCACCUUGAGUAAAUUUUAUUCAGAAAGUAGUCAGAUUCUGCAGCAAUUCCCUAACUAAAGCACUCGUGAUGGCUGACAAGUAGAACCUGAGACGAUUUAUGAUGCAAUAAGGGUUGCUAAAAGCUACAAUUUUGAUUUGUUCAAUGUUGUACCCUAAAAGGAACUAAUAAAUCGAAUCCCACUCUUUACACAUAAGGAGAAAGAUUACUAAUCCCCAAAAAGAAGCAAAGGAUAACCGAUCCUAAAGCUUUACUCCCGAUUAUGUCCCAUCUGGUUUAGUAUGGUCAGUUCAUCUGAUUUUGUAUACCGCUAGCAGCUCAAAUUACCUAUAAAAACUUAAAGGGGAGUUUGCCUAAUUUGGAAAACAAAAGGCGCAUAAAACUGAUCAAACUGGACGGCCAAAUCAAUAAACUAUGAACCUCAGGCCUGACAAUUAUCCAAUUGCGCCGUACCUCAAGACGGUUACGCACAAGCGGGAUUUAUUAUGAGAAAUAUUACUUUGACAAUGCAGGUGGAAAACUCUGUAUGGGACCGGGCGCAAUUUACUCGGUUCGAUCCUCAUUUACCUUUCGUCCAACACAAUGGUGCCCAUUGCAGUGCUACGGUGUUUGGAGCAUUGGUUCCGAGAUUUCAUUUAGUGGGGGCCGGGGGGCAACAGUGGUGUCCAUCUCCGGCAUGGGACACGAUCUGCCAGCCGCCCCACAGUGGUGGCCUAGGUAUCCAUUCCCUGGUUGAGCGGCGGGACAUCUUCUCCAUCCACCAGGAUGGCAGCAAGGUUCAUAUUGGAGCCGUCGAGCUUCUGGAGCUCUAUGAUGAAGGCUAAUUAUGGGGAACCGACGGACCCGCAUGUUCAUGCAGGUAGGCACAUAGCAAGAGAUAUGUGCCUGUGCCCCCUUGGUGCUUUCGGAGAUUUGAUGGGAGAUUGGUCAUGGUCGAGUGGUGGACUUCUUAGGGGAUUGCUGGCUGGCUGACAUUCCACUGUGCAAAUGACCCACCUUUUGCUGUGCAAAUGACCCACCUUUUGCGACCCCAAAGGAUUGGAGGGGUGCAGAGUUUGUGAUCUAUUAGCCUCAGGAGGGUGGGAUUUGGAUGGAGACCUCGUCUGACGAGUCUUUAGCGAGAAGUUGGGCGAGUGGGUGUUAACAAUGCCGAUUAUGGUGGCUAAGACAGGGGAUAGGCAGGUGUGGAGCUGGACGAGGAGGAUAGAGGUGUAGACACAGGACUUUAUCAGGUUGGUGAGGAGGCCUGCAGCUAGACAGAUGGAGGUGGGGUGGAUCUGGCGGCUACGUAUUCAUCCUCGAGUGGCUUUGUUUGUUUGGAAGGAGAGUCAUGGUCCGACGAGGGGUGCGCGUCACCCCAGGAUGUUGGGCCUGUCAGGAGACGAAGGAGACCAUAUUCCAUGUCCUCUUUGGUUAUCAGAGGGCGGCCGCAUUAUGGGAGUGUGCCUCAGCCUGCUUUGGUUUGCGUUAGAGUUGGCCGUCGACAGAGGAGUUUCUGGCUCUACUGACUGAGUCCUCUCGAAGUCCCAAGCUUCUAUCUUUGGGGAUUAUGACAACCUAUGUAGCUUAUCAUUGCUGGCUAGAUAGGAAUGCUUACAUCUUUGAGGACAGAGCUAAGCUCUUAAGAGUUGUUAUUGACAGGGCCCUACUUCACGCGACACGGGUACUUGAGGUUACUACGUCGUCGUCCUUUGGGGCGACAAAAAAAAUCUGGAGCUCUCAUGUCGCUCACGUAGCGCUCAUGUGUAUUCUCAUUUUCUAGAAGUCUCUUUCAUUCUGAUUUCUUCAAGGUAAACUUCGACGACAGCACCUAAAUAGGUAGUUGGUGCGGUAUCAGCUUUGUCAUUAGAGAUUAGCAUACCAAACUAAUGGCGGCUAAAGAACGGCGCAUCUUCGACUACUCUGUCGAAAGUACUGAACUGAGAGCAGCAUAGGAGGGAGCAUACUAUAUGAGACGAGUGUUGGAGGCCGAUCACCUUAUUAUUGAGAGGGAUACUGCCACUGUGAUCCAGGAGAUCCAGAAGACCAAAAGCGCUAAUAAAGGACUGCGACUGCUCCACAAUAUUCACUGUCUACUAGAUGAAUGCAUCUCCCAUCGAGCAUCUCAUGUCUACAUAGAAAACAGUGUCGCAGAUUAAAUGAUCUCCUAUACGGCUCAUCAUUCAAAUACUUAAACUAAGUGGAUCAAACUUCUAUCCCAUCUUUCUUGGGGUCCAUGUACUAAAACAGAAAAAAAACACUAAAAAAGAAAAAACGAGGGCAACUUACUUUAUAAAGAACCACAUCUGCUCGUCACGCGACCCAUGCGGCGCAGCAGUUACAACACAGGAAGCUCCUCCCUCCUUUGUACCACAUCAGCUAUGCUUGAUUCUAAUUAUUUCCAUAAAGCUGUAUAAUAUAUCCGACUAAAACAAAAAAAAUCUGAAAUUAAACAAUUUCCAAGUACAUGCAUCAUCCAAUGCCCUCACUAAUUGCUCUUGGGCAUUUCACAAACCCACAGGCCAAGUUAGAUUCCAGAAAUAAAAAGUUCUGGACACAUUAAA